AUGAUUGCUAGGCUGAAAAUCGCGUGUUUGGUACUUGUUUGCCUGGUCAACAGCUCCACCAGUCAGACGACGGUGUGUACUGGGAAUGAAGUACCCGGUUACGCGUUUCCCCACGAGUAUGACUGCACGCUGUACUACAUCUGUGCGGAUGGAUUCCAGUAUCAGCUGUCCUGUUUGGGCGGGCAGCACUUUUCCUCGAUAUCGCUGCGCUGCGAAUCACCCGAGACAGCUCUAUGUGAUCCGGUGUCUUCAUCGACAGUUUCGACACCGAGUCUUACCAGUCCAACAUUACCAACCACACCGACUCCAACGUUUCCAACUACCUCGGACAUCACGCCAACAAUGGAAUCCUCAGUUACACCAACUGUACCAUUGCCAACUACCACGGACAUCACGCUAACAAUGGAAUCCUCAGUUACACCAACUGUACCGUUGCCAACUACCACGGACAUCACGCUAACAAUGGAAUCCUCAGAUCCUACCUUUACUGUCCCAACGGCUGGGACAGCACCACCACCAACGGCUGGGACAGCGCCACCACCAACGGCACCAACUGCGCCACCAGAUACAACGACUCCAGAUGAGUCCACCGAAGACACAACUAUGCCGGAUGAGACAGAAGAAACAGACGAAACUGAUGCGCCUACAUCCAACGAAAUGUUUGAUCCAGAAGAUUACCUCAUUCCUUUGAAACGCGCUGGCAUUGUUAUGUGA